GGCGGCGGCAGCAGGGCGGGCGGGCGUGCAGUUCCGGGCGCGCGGCGACCGUUGGGCUUGGCGUUCUCGGGGGACGCGACUUCCAUGGCUGCAGCCAGCGUGACCCCUCCCGGCUCCCUAGACGUGCUGCAGCCUGGCUUCUCCACGACCCUCCUGGGGACCAAGCUGGAGGACAAGUACCUGUGCUCCGCCUGUAAGAACGUCCUGCGCAGGCCCUUCCAGGCACAGUGUGGCCACCGCUACUGCUCCUUCUGCCUGAGCAGCAUCCUCAGCUCCGGGCCCCAGAACUGCGCUGCCUGUGUGCACGAGGGCAUAUACGAAGAAGGCGUUUCGGUUUUGGAGAGCAGCUCGGUUUUCCCCGACAAUGCUGCCCGCAGGGAGGUGGAGAGCCUGCCAGCCAUCUGCCCCAGCGAUGGCUGCACCUGGAAGGGGACCCUCAAAGAGUACGAGAGCUGCCACGAAGGACUCUGCCCGUUCCUGCUGACCGAGUGCCCGGCGUGCAAAGGCCUGGUCCGCCUUGGCGAGAAGGAGCGCCACAUGGAGCAGGAGUGCCCUGAGAGGAGCCUCAGCUGCCAGCACUGUCACGCUGCCUGCUGCUUGGCCGACGUGCAGGCGCACCACGAGGUCUGCCCCAAGUUCCCUGUGACAUGCGAGGGCUGCGGCCAGAAGGUCCCACGCGAGAAAUUUCAGAGCCACCUCAGGACGUGCGGCAAGUGCCCGCUGCCCUGCCGGUUCCACGACGUCGGCUGCCCUGAGAUGGUGGAGAGCGAGAAGCAGCAGGAGCACGAGCUGCAGUGGCUCCGCGAGCACCUGACCAUGCUGCUGCACGUGCUGCUGGAGGCCAAGCGCCCGCCCCUGGGCCCCGGCGAGGCGGGCGGCUGGGAGGCGCCCCAGGCAGCAGAGCUGCUGCGGAGGUGCGAGGCCCUGGAGAAGAAGACGGCCACCUUCGAGAACAUCGUCUGCGUGCUGAACCGGGAGGUGGAGCGGGUGGCCAUGACCGCCGAGGCCUGUGGCCGGCAGCACCGGCUGGACCAGGACAGGAUUAAAGCCCUGAGUCACAAGGUGCAGCAGCUGGAGAGGAGCAUCGGCCUGAAGGACCUGGCAAUGGCCGACCUGGAGCAGAAGGUGCAUGAGAUGGAGGCGUCCACCUUCGACGGCGUGUUCGUCUGGAAGAUCUCCGACUUCACCAGGAAGCGCCAGGAGGCCGUGGCCGGCCGCACCCCUGCCAUCUUCUCACCAGCCUUCUACACCAGCAGGUACGGCUACAAGAUGUGCCUGCGCGUGUACCUCAACGGGGACGGCACGGGGCGUGGCACACACCUGUCCCUCUUCUUCGUGGUGAUGAAGGGCCCCCAUGACGCCCUCCUGCGCUGGCCCUUCAACCAGAAGGUGACCCUCAUGCUGCUUGACCAGAACAACCGGGAGCACGUGAUCGACGCCUUCAGACCCGACGUGACCUCGUCCUCUUUCCAGAGGCCGGUCAAUGACAUGAACAUUGCGAGCGGCUGCCCCCUCUUCUGCCCUGUCUCCAAGAUGGAGGCCAAGAACUCCUACGUGCGUGACGACGCCAUCUUCAUCAAGGCCAUCGUGGAUCUGACGGGGCUCUAGCACCUCCCCUGGGGUCAGGGCCAGGGCACCUGGCCCGCGCGUGGUGACAGCGACCGUGCUGGGCCCAAGCCUCACGGCAGUGGGCAGCCGCACUCACGUCUACCCCCAGGAGAGAGCGCCUCCGGGGGGCCCUCGGCCCCAGGUCCUGCUGGGCCGGGCGCCUGGAGAGCCCUGCAGGCCGUCUGUGGUUGCUCGGGGCCCUGGCCAGGCGGCAGGAGCUCCGGGCGAGGCAGCAGAGAGCAGGCGGGCCGCGUGGGAGUCACCCCCGUGAGGGGCCCAGUGCCUGUCCCACCCGUGGAUCCUGGAGACAAGGACAGCUUGGGGCCUGCGCGGCUCUGCGGGGACUUGCUGUGCCAGCCUGGCUGGGCCGUGGCUCGCCCUGAGAGCGUCCCCCACUGCCGGGGGCAUGUGCAGGCCACGGUCAGUCUCCCCGAGACGUGUCGCUGGCCCGUGAAGCUGGGAAGUCGUCAUUAAAUCGUUCACCUGUGGUGAGUGGUGUCCACUGGCUCCCACCUCGCCGGGGCUCCUUCCUGGCCCCCAGCCCCUCUCCAGCCUGAGCGGCUCUGUGGUUCCCUGAUGCUCAGCUCAUGCCUGUGGGCCUGGGAAGGCAGCGGUUCUUUCUUCUGGAAUGUUCUUUGUUGGCUGGCUCCUCCUUCAGAUCUGCCCAGGAGGGCGUGACUACACCUUCCCCCAUUGUGGGCUGACCCCACUGCGUGGGGCGAGCGGGGUCCCUGCUGGGAGCAGCCAGUGGCUUCGUUGGUGUCUGGGGACCUGACAGCAGCAUUGGGGCGCCCUCUCCCCCUGAUCCAGGAUUUCUCUGGGGGACUGACCCCAGGAGGCCUCAGCCUGUGGGGUGAGGGCAAGGGGUGUCCUGUUCUCCAGGCCUGUGAGUCAGGCUGGUGGGCUGCCUGGCGUCUUCAGAGGGAACUCCGCUCUGACUGCCCUGGACACUCACUUGUCUCGCAUGAGAAAUUAAAGGGCAGAAAAGCACAGAGACCGAAGCCGUGAGCACACGUGUCCACCUCCCGGACCCACACGUGGCAGAGCAGUUGAGGCCUGUGUGGCCUUUCCCAGAGCACCCCCCCCCCCCCCCCCAGCUCCAGCCUGGCCCUCGCCAGCGGCUGUUUACGUCUCCUUGUGGUUUACCCACAAACGGUGCAUGUGUGAGGCUCAGGCGGCCAUCGGUGGGAGCUGCUUCCCUCCUGGGCUUUCGACCCUGUGGUGCUGGCACCCAUGCGGCGGGCGGGCUGACUGCCAGGCCACCCUCCUGACUGGACCAUGAGGUCCCUGGGCCCCUGGACGCCUGGCCUUGGUGGGGACUGAGUGCGAGCAGGUGUUGCUGCCCCCGGACCUCUGAGAGCACCCCGUCUGGCCGUUCCUCAGCGGGUGGUGGGUCCUGUGCACCUGUGGCUUGGAAAGCCUUCCUGGCAUGCGCGGCCCUGGCCCUGGUGGCACAUGGCACCACGUGGUGGCGCAGAUGGACAUUCAGACUCGAUCGCUGGACAGCCUUCCUCUGGACAGUGCUGCUGACCAGCCAUCUAGGAAGCCCCGACCUGCUGCCCUGGGCUGAAACGCCCUCGUGCUGGCUUUAGUUUUGUCUGUAACGUUGGGCGUGAUGCUGGCGUUUGUAUCUGGCGUGUGUGUUCGUGUGUGUUUGGUGGCAAGUGAGAGGGUUUCCUGCCACGGGACCCUCAGAACUCUGCUCCGAGAAGCCAGCCCCAGGCCGCGCUGUGCGCUGCUGCCUGUAAGGUCCAGGACGGCCAAAUCCACGGGCAGCGGCUGUGCACCCAGUGGGCGGCUCAGAACAGUCAGUGAGAGUAGAAAGGGUCAAGGGAGGCCAGAGGGGAGCGGCAGCAGGAGGUCCCAGUCCUGGGAUCCACAGCCAUGGCCUGUGACCUACAGGGAUGGUCCCGCGGGUCCCGAGGCGGCAGAGGCCUGGAAGGGACAGGAGGCUGCGCGCGCCUGGUCUGUCUCCAUGCUCCCAGACCCAGUGUGUCCAAGCUCGGCCCAGGGCCGGCUCUGGAUGGAGCUGCUCUGCACACCGGGCAUGACCUGGCCCAAUAACUGUCCCUUCCUCUCGGGUGCGGUGCUGCCAGGCCACAUGCGAGUUUAAAUUCAUAAACUGAAACCGUGUCCCAGAGCCGUUGCUGGAGUCUGCGUGUCCCCACACACAAACAGUCACACCCUGACGCUCUGACCCCCGGGUGCAGGUGCUGGGAGGUGCCUAGGUCAUGAGGGCGGGGCCCAUGAUGGGAUCAGUGCCCUUCUGAGAGGGACCCCCCCCCCCCCAACCCGAGGCCACUCUGAGACCUGGAGGGCGCCCUGCCUGCCAGCACUGCCUCAGCGUCCGCCGCCAAGCCGAGGGGAGGACUGGGAGCCUGGCCUGUGCUGCUGGGUGGUGCAGCCCGGGGGCUGAGGCAGCCUGCACCCCGUGUUCCCACCCGUGCAGUGGCAGCUCCUGUGCCUGCUGGUCCCUGCGGGCACUGCGUGUGUGUGUGUGUGUGUGUGUGCGCGCGCGCACGCGCACGCAUGUGUAACAGGCAUGGUGUCCGUCUGGCUUUAAUGUGCACGUCCCUAAUGUCUAACAACCGUGACUGCCUCCUUUGGUGACGUGUCCGAUUCUCUUGCCCAUUUUAAGUCGAGCUGGGCUUCCUGCUGCCGUUACGCAGUCCAGGCACAAGUGCUGGGUAUGUGACUUGUAACUACUUCUCGUCUGGUUUCUUUCCAUCCUCAAGUGUUUUCAGAGCAGAAGUCACUUUCGCUGAAGUCGUGGACCCACUUUCCUAACAGGCGGUGUCUGGGCACCUGUGCCGGCCCCAGGGCGCAGGUGUGCGGCUGCAGGUCACGUGGAGCAUGUGGUCCUCACGGGGUGAGGUUGGUCGGGGCUCAUUUUUUCUGCCAGUGAUACCCGUUGUCCCGCAGCACUCGCUGGAUGACGCCCACCGAGUGGCCACACACGUCACUGCGACCUCCCCUCUCCGGACUCUCCUUCUGGGAAGGGCUCACCUGCCGCAUUUGUGUGCAAGGUGUCCCAUGGACGCAACCAGCACCGCUGUCCCCGUGACCAGACCUCCAUGCGGGGCUCUUCAACUUCAUUGUUUCUCGGAAUCGCUUCAGCUGCGUCGGUUCCUCUGCAGACCCGUGUGCAUCUUAGAAGCACCUUGUCCGCAGCCAUUCAAGCCCAGGGGGCCUUGGCUGGGCUGUCGGGCCUGUAGACCCGUUUGGAGAAAGCGGGCCCCUGUGCGAGUCGCCCCCAAGGAGGACGGUGCCGUCUGUGGGCCUGUGGGCCCGGUCACCACCGCGCUGCGGGGGCACGAGCCGGGCUAGGUUCCCACCUAGCUGUCUUUCUUUUUAGCUCAUGUAAAAGGUCUUGAUUUUUAAAUUUUGGUUUCGUUUUGGUCU